UGAUGUAGAUGUGAAUGUCCAUAUAUUGACUUAGUUUUGGGUAAUUUAUUUGUGGAUAUGCUGCUCCUCCAUAAACAUAAAGAGAUGAUUCAAGAUUGCUGGUUCUUUUAAGGAAAUCACAUUAUUCACUGAUUCAACUAUCAAUCAGAAAACUAUUUUCCUUUUCACUUCUUAUGCAGAGUAUUCAAUUAAAAUUCUGUGUCACCCCCCCAUGCCUGUGGUGGAUGCAUACAAAUCUUUCCUUUCUAAUCUUUUCUGUUUUUUCUAUUUUACUUUAUAAAAUUCAGGCAGGUACCAUUUCACAUGUUUACACAGUUGCAACUGUUUUACGUUGCCUUUCACAAGCUCCCAGACUGCCAGCAUUGGAUUGGGGAGCAAUCAUCAGACGGUGCAUGAAAUAUGAGGGUCAAAUUGCCGAGUCAUUGUCUCCAGAUUUAGCUUGUAAAAGUGGAAUCCUUAGGGAGGAAUGCCUGCAGUUGUCUUUAGCUCAUGCAAACCAAUUUGAUCCACUCCUAAGCUUUCUUGAUGAGCUGUCUGACCUGUCCAGGUUCAGGACACUUGAGCUGAAUCUUCAAUCAUGGUUUCUCUCUCAUCUGGCAGACCUGAUAAAAAUAUUCUCGGGUUCUAGGCUUGAGAAACUAUUUGAUGACGUGGCUAACUUUAUAGCUUCUUUACUCUCUGGAGAAGUUUGUACCGUAGAACAGAAAAGCUUAUUGCGGGCUUCGUGCUGGAAUGGUCUGUAUCCUUGUAUGGAAACUUCUCUUGACACUCGAGAGUAUGUAUCAAACAUGGAAAAUUGCAUGGAGGUCCUCUUUUUUUCAUUGCCUGUAUUGCACUCAGAUGCUAUUCCACGGAUGGAGCAGCUGCAUUCAGUAGAGUGGUCUGCAGCAGUUAGAUGUCUUGCGAAGGCUCGACAGGGUUGGUUAUUUACCCUUCUACAGGUUUCAGAAGCAAAUUUAGUGGAAGGAGAUGGUGAAUUCUCCAAGGUAGUGAAAACAAUGCAAGCAAAGGCCAAGCUAGUUCAGAUUGGUUCCAUCCCACCGAGUGAGCUGGGAAAACUGAAAGCCUAUCUAUUGAACACUAGAUCAGAUGGUAUUUGGGAUGUUCUGGUAGAAGUUGUAGCAGCUCUGCAACAUGUUGAAGGAAGUAUAAAAAAACAGUGGCUUGUUGAUGCAGUGGAAAUUAGCUGUGACAUCAUCCAAGACACCCUG